AUGUACAUGAAGGGUAAGCUGAUAUUCAAUGAGACCUGCCCAGCAGCCAUAGAGGAGAGAAAGAAGGAGUUGCAGAGUCGCCGUGAUGUGUACCGGUGGAGUAUAUAUGCCGAGGGUCUGCCCCAGAUAAUGAAAGUUGACAGCGCUUCUGAUCUCCCUGCUGAGGUCCGCUUCUCUUUCACCAAGGACUUGGAGUUCAAGUUCACAGCAGUCAAAGCAUUGAUAGACCUGAACCUAGCAGGACUGUCCACCAACAAGGAGCAAUGGAAGAGUAUAGAUGAACUCAGUCACGUCUUUAAUAGCCGCAAGACUGAUGUCUAUGACUAUGUCGAAAAGAACUGGAAGAAGGACGUGUUUUUCGGGUACCAGCUUCUGAACGGCCUCAACCCCAUGAUGAUCCAUCGCUGCUCCAAGCUUCCAGAGAACUUCCCCGUCACAGAAGACAUGGUGAAGGAUUCCCUUUUCGGAAAUAGCCUUGAGAAGGAAAUUCAGAAAGGCAACAUCUUCCUGGUUGACUACAAGCGCCUGCAUGGAGUGACUGCAAACGUGAUCAACGGGAAACAGCACUUCUUGGCUGCGCCGCUCUGCUUGCUUUACAUGACCCCAGAAGAGAAGCUCAUGCCCAUCGCAAUCCAGCUGAAGCAGGAGCCUGGAGAAGACAACCCCAUCUUCCUUCCUACUGACUCUGAGUACGACUGGCUCCUGGCCAAGAUCUUUGUGAGGAACGCCGACUUCGCCGAACACGAGCUGAACUUUCACCUGCUGAGGACUCACCUGCUGGCUGAGGUGUUUGCCGUGUCGACACUGCGCAACCUGCCAAUGGUGCAUCCACUCUACAAGCUCCUGAUCUCUCACUUCCGCUACACUCUACAGAUCAACACUCUGGCUAGACAGGCCCUCAUAUCAGAGAAUGGGGUGAUCACAAAGAAUGCCAGUGUUGGAGGUGCAGGGAUGAUGGAGUUCCUGAAGAAAGCGAUGGCCUCUUUGACCUACAGCUCCCUCUGUAUGCCGGAGGACAUCACUGCACGCGGUCUGGAGUCAAUGCCAAACUUCUUCUACAGGGAGGAUGGACUCCGGCUGUGGGACAUCGUCCACAGGUUUGUUCAGAGAGUGAUUGGUCACUACUACACCUGUGACGCAGACGUCCAGAAGGACUGUGAACUGCAGAACUGGAUCAAGGAUAUCUUCUUCCAUGGGUUCCUGGCGAAACCCUGUGCAGGAAUCCCUCAGUCUUUCAGUUCGGUGACAGAGCUGGUCAAGUUUAACACCAUGGUGAUCUUCACAGUGUCUGUCCAACAUGCUGCAGUCAACAAUGGACAGUUUGAUUUUGGCGGCUGGAUGCCCAACUUCCCCAUCUCCCUGCAACAACCACCUCCCAGCACUAAAGGGCAGUCUACUGAGAGCACCAUGCUGAAGACCUUCCCUGACAUCAAUACCACCGUCCAUGGUAUGGCCACGGUGUACCUUCUGAGCAAGCAGUCCACUGACUUUGUCACUUUUGGAAAGGGCUAUCAGGAUCUCUUCAGCGAGAAGACCCCUCUGAAACUGAUUCACGAAACUCAAGAUGUGCUGAAGAAAUUCAACUUUGAAAUCCAAGGCAGGAAUGUCUCUUUGCCCUUGCCAUACACCCACCUGAAUCCCAACAAUGUGGAGAACAGUGUGGCCCUGUAAUGAGUCAGGGUCAUCUUUAUUAGGCACCAAAUGAAAGAACUCACUGAUACAGGGAGACUACCU